AUGAAGCAAGUCGAUGAACUACAAGGCGAAGAUGGCAGCAUCGGACCAGCCUCCGCUGCAUUUCGCGCCCCAGAAGGUGGCAAUGCUGGUGCUCGGCCUCUGCGCUUGCCACCUAACACAACACUUGAGAAGUUCAACGACUUUAUGAGUGCUGUUCAAGAGAUUGUUGGCACUGACAACGCUACUGUUGUAUCGAGCGAUGCCGAACUUCAACAGGAAGACUAUAUGGAGCCCAGCAAAGCACACGACAUGUACUAUAUUGCUGAGAAGGAAUAUUUUGUCAGCAGUGCUGUGGUAGCACCACGCAAUGUAGCCGAUGUGCAAGCAAUCAUGAAGCUGUGCAAUGAAUUCGUGAUUCCAGUCUGGCCUUUUUCAAUCGGCCGCAACGUAGGCUAUGGUGGUAGUGCACCUCGAGUUCCCGGAUCCAUCGGUCUCGACAUGGGUCGCAAUAUGCGAAAAGUGCUCGAAGUCAACGAAGAUGGAGCCUUCGCUGUUGUCGAGCCUGGUGUCACCUUCAUGGAUCUUCACAAUUACCUCGUCGAAAGGAACCUACGAGACAAGCUCUGGAUCGAUACUCCAGAUCUCGGCGGUGGAUCAGUGAUCGGCAAUACCAUCGAGAGAGGUGUCGGUUACACUCCAUAUGGCGACCACUGGAUGAUGCAUUGUGGAAUGGAAGUCGUACUGCCAGACGGGUCCCUGUGGCGAAGUGGCAUGGGGGGCUUACCAAAUCCAAAGGCAGACCCGAAUGCUAGGCCAGAAGAUCAGGCAUGGAACGAGACAUUUGGCUUGUUCAAUUAUGGCUUUGGCCCCUACAACGAUGGCAUCUUCACCCAAUCGUCGCUUGGAAUCGUCGUCAAGAUGGGUAUUUGGCUGAUGGUACAAGCUGGCGGAUACCAAUCAUAUAUGAUCACCUUCCCCAAGGAUUCCGAUCUACACAAAGCCAUCGAGAUCAUCCGGCCACUCCGCGUGGGCAUGGUCUUGCAGAAUGUCCCUACCAUGCGCCAUAUCUUGCUCGAUGCUGCUGUUAUGGGCAAUCGUGCAUCGUACAAAAAGUCUCCCGAACUGCUUACAGACGAAGAGCUGGAUGAUAUCGCCAAAAAGCUCAAUCUUGGGCGGUGGAAUUUCUACGGUGCAGUCUAUGGACCAGAGCCUGUGCGACAAGUGAUGUUGCAGGUCAUCAAGCAGUCGUUCCUCACGAUCGAGGGAGCCAAGUACUUCGAGCCACAAGACCAGCCGGACAAUCUCGUCCUGCAGACUCGUCACGACACACUUCAAGGCAUUCCCAGCACAACAGAGCUCAGAUGGGUGGACUGGCUACCCAACGGAUCUCACCUCUUCUUCAGUCCCAUCGCCAAGGUCUCCGGUGACGAUGCUGUGGCUCAAUACGAAGUCACCCGCAAACGCUGUGAGGAAGCCAAGUUCGAUUUCAUCGGAACUUUCGUCAUUGGCAUGCGAGAAAUGCACCACAUUGUCUGUAUUGUCUUCGACCGUAAAGAUCCAGACAGCAGACGGCGUGCACACUGGCUGAUCCGAACUCUUAUUGACGACGCUGCUGAACGAGGUUGGGGAGAAUACCGAACGCACCUUGCGGUCAUGGACCAGAUCGCCAAGACCUAUAGCUUUAACAAUAAUGCGCAGUUGAAGUUGAAUGAGAAGAUCAAGGAGGCCUUGGAUCCGAAGGGCAUUUUGAGUCCUGGAAAAAAUGGCGUAUGGCCGAAGCAUAUGAAUGCGGAGGACUACAAGGUGCCGGUCUGAAGACACGAG